AUGUUCCAAUUUUUCUGUGGGUAAGUAACUCAUUGAGCAUCUCACGGCAUUGAUGACGAAUUUUCUGCACAGAUUGAACCAAUUAAAAGUUAGAAAGUUGUGACCGAAUAAUGUCAUUUUGUGCUCAUCCUUGGUUACUUCUCUGUUUGCCGAAAAGUUGCGUUUUCUUCUCAAUUGAACCCUCAAAAACCGUUAUUUUACUUGUUUUAAGGUGACUCAAUAAGCCUAUGAGUAAAAACAGUAAAACGUCGGUCUUUACUGGUUUUUUUUGCCUGACUGAAUAAUCGUGAGUGAAAAAAUAAGAGCGUAGAUUGUGAAAUAGCGCGUUGUGAAAAAAUAAUUUCCGAUGGGAAAACCAGAACAAUUACAAUUUUUAGGCAAAUAUUCAUUUCCGACACAAAUCUGAGCAAUUUUGCGUUCGAAACAAUACAUUAGAUUAAAAAUGCCGAUUUUUUGCAAAAUCUGUCAAUUUUCGUCAGUCUUUCGAUGAAACCACGUGGAAAUGCGUUCUAGGCACGAUUUUAACAAAAAGAAAAGUGAAAAAGACGAGACAUUUCGCUAAAAUUUCACGAAAAAUCAGGACACGGUGAUUCUUUGCGAGGGUGCAGUGAGGAGAAGUAUCUAGAAAGUUCGGCCAUCGUCUCGCCGGCCAGCGGCACGCUUCCCAACUUCUGAUGCGUGCUGUUCGAAGAAUACUGAGUCAGUUUUCCUAAUUUAUUUAGAAAUGAAUUGGUUAUAAUUGAAACUCGCAACGAGCAACAAGAAACUCGCAGAAAUGUCUAGGGGUCACUGCUAAAACAGCUUUUUUCAAAAUAUAACUGCUCGUGCGUGCUUUUUGUGUCUCUUUGUUAUUAUAGGGGCACCGCACAGAAAUGGCGCUCUGUUGAGAAACUCUUUUUGCAGUGCAAAUUGAGCGACCUCGGGGCGGAGUUUGAAAAGUUAGGCCACGUUUUCAGUGGAAAAUUACUUCGCGGCCUAGAAAUUCUGCCAGAUUGCGAACAGCGCGCCCUUUCUAUCCGGUGCCCCUAUAAUAGUUUACAUCAUAAUGAACUCAUUCCCAAAAAGUCGAGUGAAAUGAAUCAGUAUUCAUCGAUCCGACGGCAAACAUCUGAAGUCUCAGAACAGCGGCGGCAGUCGUUCAAUUUUUCCUCUUUUUGUUGUGUAGAAAACAUCUUGUUAGAUGUCAGUAUAAUAACAAAAAACGCUGUGGUUGCCAUCAGUUACCGCUCGCACAUUUUUACUGCCUAGAUGAAAAAAGUGCUGCGCUAGAAAACAAAGCUGUGAAACCUAAGUUUGAACAAAAGUGUUCGCUUCGUUUACGAGCGAAUGCCAACAAAACGAUGAACGUUUUCCGUUUUUUCUCCGUUUUUCUCCGUUUUUCUCCGUCGAUUCGCCACAAAGUUGUGGCUGCUCGUUCUGCUCGAGCCGAAUGUUAAUUGCUCAAAGUCCUUACUCAUAAGCAGCGGCAGAAGAGCUCUCCUGAGAAGGCGCCGCCCAUUUCCUUCCUUCCGCUUUGCCGAAUACGAUUCCUUCUCGGCCUUCUCCUUUGCCAUUUCCCUCUUCUUUUUCCUCAUUCUCAUUAGACGAAGCCGACAGAGGGAGAGUUUGAUAGAACAUAUGCGUGUUACCUUGUCGGCUUCCGCUUUCGGUCGGCUCCAAGUCACGAGCUUCAGUGGACGGGGCACCACAAAGUACGCGUCGGCUACAACUACAAACAGCGACGUCUUCUGACUAGAAAAUUCAGAAAAAUUCAGAAAAAAAAGUUCAUUGAGUUCACGAUCUAAACAAUAUAUUCACUUGCCAGCCAAAAAAAUCGAUAAAUUGACUGUGUUCAGCAGAGCGCGUGGCCCCGAAUAAAGUUUGUGGUUGUGAUCGGAAAUUGCUCGUCAUUCAGUCAUUUCCGCUCGCUUUUCCGCGCGCGCGCGCUCUAAUCCAUAACUAACUGCUACUCUCGAGUCUCCAAGAACGGCCGUCUUUCUGGGUGGGUGGCUUUGCUCCUCUCUUUCUCUCUCUUUUUUUUCCUCCUCUUUUCGGAUGGUCCAAAAACAUUAUGUGCAUCAUGAAUAGAGCGGAAGAGAGAGUAGAGAAGAGAGAGUCACUUGGACCCUUUCCUCCCCCCCCUUCCUCCACUUUCCGCCCUUCUGAAGAGUAAAGAUGAAAAGGAGCAGAAGGAGAGGGAGAAGGAGACAAAGUCCAAGAUUUCAGACGGACUGAAACUCUUUGUUCCCCCUAUUUUUUGUUUGUUUCUUUUACUUUUUCUUCCUCUUUCUCUGACUCGCUUCUUUCGAUGACGUCUGAAAUUGAGAGCCUCUUCUUUUCUUCUUUCUUCCGUUUAUAAACAAUCUUCCGUCGUCGUCUCUCUGUCGGUUUCUACAACUAUAUACAUAUAUACAACUUGACGUUUUUUUGAGCCUCCUUGGAAAAAGUGACGAGGAUUGAAAUGUGUCACGAUUUCUGAAUACGCAUAGAUUUUGUAUUUUCAGCUCAAAAAUCAUGUCACUAAAUUUAUCCGAAAGUUAAGUUAUCGACAUGUCUCGAACACUUGGCGAAACAUUUUUCUUGUUCGAACUUUUCUAGUGUAUAUCGGAAAAUCACUAAUUUCUCUCUCUCUCUCUCUCUCACUCUCACACAUUUCUUCAUGAUUCUCACCUCGUCACGCUUGGCAGUGCCUGGCAGUGCCUGGCAGCGCCUGGCACCGCUUUUGCGUUUGUAGUAGCAAAACGUGGCCCUCUCGUUUGCGCAGAGUUCGUGUAAAGGUGGGUGCCACGUGGCUUUCCGGAUGAACCCCGAAAUGCACCCCAUCCCUACCCGCUUCCCACCCACCCACACACACGAAUAACAUGGGCAUUUCUGUGCGUCUCUCCGGGAUUCGCUCGCAUCUCGCCGCUCCGGGCUGUCGUCGUCGUCGUCGUCGUCGAAAUCCCGUCGUUUUUUCAGUAUUUUUCCGAGGCGCGUGCGCGAGCGGCCGGGGAGCUCCUCGUCGAAAACAGCGUGUGCUUCUUCUUCUCCUUCUCCUUCUUCUUCUGUUACUACUGCUCCCCCAUCUAUGCACACAUCUCCUCCCUCUCGCCGUCUCCUCUCCGAAUCUCAAAUCCGCGCCCGCGCGCGCGCACACACACUAUUUCUCCAGAUCCAUAAACUUUUGGAGGGAGGAGAGAAAGAGAGAGAGAGAGAGAAAUCUGUCCGGUACCGGUAUCAUUCAAUUAUAGUACGUCUCUUUCCGAACUUGUCUAUUCCUGAGCCGCUCCCCCUCGAUUUCCAUCCGGCUCUGCGCGUAAGUUGCCCCCAUGGGACACCUUUUUUUGCGGCUUUCUCCCUCUCUCUCUUCCAUCGGGUUUUUGAGCUUUUGAAGGUUCUGUGAACUGUUUCUACAAGUUGUAAUGUUCAGAAUGGCGGUGUUCAAGAAGCUGCGCAAAAACAAGGAUAAGAGCCUUCCGCUGCCCGAGCCAGAAGCCGUCAAACCACUGGAUAAACGUGUUGGCAUCGAAUCCUACAGGUCCGUUUUCCCUUUUAAAAAAAAACCGAAAGCUUUGCAACUAAGCCUCCGAGUUUCAGAGAAUUCUUCACGCUCAAAAACUGGUGGAAGACGGUGGAUCGAAAGCGCGUCGAGGCGGCGACGUACAUGUUCAGCAAGUGAGUAGUUUUUUUUCCCACGCAUGUGCAUGGUCACUUGAUAUUGGCAGCCGGGAGCUUUGAGCAUUGAGCACAUUUGUGGCGCGACUGAUUACGUGUGCCCUACAAAAAAAACCGACAAGGUGCACUUUGUGGACGGACUAUAAAAAGCGAAUAGCGUGCGCAUUGAUGGAUGAUUCAUUCUGACACACACACAAACUUUUUGUCUGACGGCACUGAUUACCACCAGUGGGACCGAGUGAAGCAUCCAAGAAUGAACUUGAACGAGGACCGUGUUGGAUAGCCCAUGAAACAUUCGGGAAUUGAGAAUUUCCAGAAGAAAGUGUGAAAAAAAACGCCCCAAUCGAAUCACCAAGGGGGCCGCGGUUCCCUAGGUGACUUGUGCGGGCUCACGUACACGUAAUCAACGGGUGGUAGAAGCGGUGCGCACGAGCGAGAGUCAGCCAGCAAGCGAGAGCCUCUAGCGAAAAGGGGCGGGUGUGUGUGUAUGAGUGUCUCGUCGUCGGUCGCGUGAGCCGGUUGGAGUCAUCCAUCCAUUCAUCCACUCGUCCCCAUCCGCCCAGCCCUCCCUCCUCCCAAAACCAUGGGAAGCGGAGCGUCAAAGUCGACGGCGUCGGCUGAAAAGGCGAAACCGCCGGAACCGGCCGGUGGUGGUGGUGGUCAGCAGCCGGCGGCUGAAACGCCCACCCUCGACACUCGACUACCGUACCCGAACUUUCGCGAACUGUUCACGAUGAAAAACUAUUGGAAGACGGUGCGACGAAACGAGAAGGACUGCGGAAAGUUUAUGUUCGCCAAGUAAGAAGCAUUUUGUUGUCAUUAUGUGUGUGUGUGUGUGACGCAUGCGCGCGUAUCAAUCUCUUUUUUACCUCGUCCGCUUCGGAUAUGGAUAUCUGUUAUCAAAAGAGUUAAUCCCCCCAAUGUGGUGGGAAAAAAGGCGGCGCGCAACCGCGGGUAAUCAGGUGGUCAUUUCUCGAUUCCGGGGAAAACGCAUAAAACAAGUGCAUCGGCGAUUGUACAUGUAGCCGUCAGCGUCUUGUCAGAGACGUGUUGACACUAGCCAAAAUGGAAUAAUAAUAAUGAAAAGCAAGCGAGAAUUUUUCAGGUAUUUGAACGAUUUUCCGGAGAACAAGGACAUGUAUUUGAAGUUGAAAAAUGUGAAAGCCGACGUCGACAUGAAUUGUAGCGAUCCGGGCUUCGAAGCGGUCGCCGCGCAAUAUUUAAAGGUGAGCAGGUGCAAAAAUCAUGUGAGCACACUCAUCUGAAUGUGCUCUUUUCAUACUCAUACACAUGCCUCUUAAGGUGUUUGACGAUGUCAUAAAUGCGGUCGAGGAGAAGCCGGGAGACGUGCAGACGGCGUGCGAUAGGCUCAUCUCGGUGGGAAAAAUGCACCGGGCAAAGGUGAGUUCGUUGUGCUGGAAUAGUGCUGGAUUUGAUCGUUUCCAGGUAUCCGGCAUGACGUCGACAUCGUUCCAAAACAUGGAAGAGCCGUUCAUCCAGAUGGUCAAAUACAUCCUCCAGGACCGAUUCAACGAGAAAGCCGAGACUUUGUAUAGGAAAUUCUUUCAGUUUUGUCUAAAAUAUCUGCUCGAAGGCUUCAACAAGUAAUCCCCCCCGGUGUCACUUUUUCAUCACCCCCACCCCUGCCCCCCGCCCAAAUAGAUAUACUUGUCUGUGUAGGUCAAAAAGGAAGCUUUGUAAAUAUGAAAGACAAAAACAAGGAAUAACAGUAAUAAUAAUAAUAACAAUAAUAAUUGGAAGACGGGUCCUUUUCUCUUCUUCUUCUUCUUCUUCUCCCUCUCUCCCACGCACUUGACACCCAUACCCAUACACCAAAUUGUUCUGAUAUUUUGCACCACACAACGAACAUUGUACACGUUUCUCUCUCCUCGAAUCCUGUCCAUUUUGUCGUCGUCUCUUCACACAUUUACCCGAAUAAAAGUAAUUGAAAACCAAAAAAAAAAGAAACAAAACGGGCGGCGAGAACGGUUCACAGAUUAUCCGAUUGUUAUUUUUCACGCGCGAUGACACGUGUCGAUGACGGGAAACGGGACUGACUGAAAGUGAAGUUUGGAACAGAACACCACGUCAUCUUCGUGUCGAAAGGUGUCUAGAAAUGAAGUUAGCCGAAAUGGAUUAUAGCAGGAAGCGAUCGGAAAUCUACAGACUUGCAACGGGCCGGGCCGGGCCAAAAUUGGAAAUUUUCCGGCCCGGCCCGGCCCGCGGCCCGGGAGUUGACCGCCGUUUUCUUCAAGCACUUUGUCUUCGUCCAUUUUUACCCACCAAACAUUGAAAACGGCCUACGUUAUCGUCGUUUUGCUUCAAUUUUGAAGAUUCAUUGUAAAAACCAGCAGAAAUAGAAAAAAAGACGAAAAAGGCAAUGUUAUAGCAUAAAAACCUGUUAAAAAACAGAAAUUGCUGUUUAAAGUCGCAAAAUUUUCACAAAAAUUACGAAAAUUUUCUCAAGAGUGGGCGGAACGAUUGAUUGCAACUCUGGCACGCCAUUUUCGCAAUUUUGCCGCACGCGUUUUCCUCUUCCUUCAUAUUUUUUUUGCAUAUUUUUUUUGAGGUCUAACUUCCGGGCCGACGAUUUGCUGGCCCGGCCCGGGAUUUGGCAAGUCUGGAAAUCUACGAUUGGCUUUAAGGUGGGCAUCGGGCCCAAACUUUGCAGGAUUCUUUUUUUUUUAGGCUUGGAACGACUUUUGACUUUGUGACUCCUCAAAUCCGCUGUCAUCAUUUCAAGUGUUCAAAAUUUCGACUAAACGGCAAAUUUUUGGUGGGCUACAGGUAAGAUCUCUCAAUGCGCAACUCCUUAAAUGUACUUUGACAGCUCGAGACACGUACAAAGAAUGUGCGAUAAGAUACAAAGACGAAAAAUCAAUAAAUAUGUCAGCAAAGUGCAGCCGUUCUCUUCUGUUCAGUUCAAAGGUACCGCACGCGAAAAUUUCACGCCCUUUGUUUCCAUUUUCUUGCGGGGAUAGACUGGCGGGAGGUUCGAUAUUCUCUCUGACACUUUCACUCUUCUACCACCCUUCCAUUGAUCCCUAAUCCGUCCGGUAACCCGUCUCCAAUCGGUUAUAUAUAAACCGUUUCUGAACACUCUUGCCUCUUUUCCUUUCCUUUCCUUUCGUUCCGCGUAAAAUAGAAACUGUCCAAACUACGUGAUCAACAUGAUCUUAUCACUUGAUUUUGUGUUGUGACACUUUCUUUGUCCAGUGUAAACUGCCAAUCGCCACCGUAAUCUCUCUGUUGUUUUUUACCCCCUCUCACCGUCACUUUGACGCCCCAGAAUGGGCGGCGGGCCGCGUCGCGCCUAUUUAUUCAGGGGCCGAUCCGCGAAACAGUGAGAAGGAGAAGAAGAAACACGAAGAAUCGAGGUCAUCCCUCACUUUUCCCUCAUUCGCUUAGCCUCUAGUCUCCUUCGGAUCCCGAAGUGUAGCGAAAUGAGUCGAAAUCUAGUCCAGAUCCGAUUUCUUCGUGUUUCUAAUUGCCUUCAUUCACCAGAAGCAUUUUUGCAGCAUGGUCGGUUCGCGUGUCGCCAAAAAAACCGAUCAUCCGGAAAUGUUCUCCCGGCUCGUCGACGGUCCCGAACGGAUUCGAGAAAGUGUACAGGUGUCGAGUGAGUCAAAUAAAAAAGCGGUGAAAAUGGUCAGCUAAGAAGUUUUUUCAAUUUUUUUCGGAAAAAAAAUGGUAUACUGCAAACUGAUGUAAUUUUUGGCGCCAAUGAUAUAAAUAGUUUGAGCACGAGCUUUUUAGUGACAAGAAUCUUUUAAGAAUCACGGGCUCCAGAGCUGACAAUGUGCGCAAGUGCGCCCCGCCCCAUAGAGCGAUACAUUGGCGCGAAAUUCAAAUUUUAACAGCAAAAUUUGUGUUUUUUGCCAGAUUAGCCACGAAAAACCGAUAAUUUCUCAUUUUUCUCUCGAUAGACUGAUUGUAUAGGCUAUUACGAAUUUCUUAAGCGCAAGAGCGUUAAAUUUGGUCAAGUCGCAAAUCACAUUUAUCCGUUUGAAGUUUUUUGGCCAAAACUGCGUGCAUUUCAGUUGCUUUCCGGUAGUUUUCGCGGUUCGAGCGCUCAAAAUGCUUGUAUUUACGUGAUUUAUCAUUCUCAAAACCAAUUCUGUCUGAAAACGGUCAAGAAAGCGCAAAAUGAGAAGUGCGGUUUUUAGGCGGCGAAGGCGAAAAAGCGAAAUUCGCGAAAAAUGCGCCAAAACGUCAUUAAUUCUGAGAAUUAGUGUGUUUUCAUGUCGAACAAUCAUUUUUCAUCGCCGUUGACCACAAAAAUCAGAGAAAACCUGCUCAAUUCAUGAAAACGCCAUUUGGCCGAGGGGGCCACGCCCAUAUUGUCAGCUCUGGAGACCGUGGCGCGCUCUAUCCAAUGCUGUAAAUAGUUUGAGCACUAGCUUUUUAGUGACAUGAAUCUUUUAAAAAUACUGUCAAUGUUCCACUAUUCAGCGCCAAUCACCGGCUGCCCGGACGGAAUCACAAAGACCGUCUGGGACGUGCUCACCAGAAGUGCGCAACUCAAUCCAGACGCGCCGUUGUUCGGCGAGUGCAUCGACGGCGAACACGUGUUCACCACCUACCGGGACGCUGUGAACGAGGCGACGAUCAUCGGGUCGGGCAUUAUUGCGACCAUGCACAAACUCGACUCCGCCAACAAACUCAUCGGGAUCGCCGGCGUGCACUCGAGGAACUAUAUGCACACGAUGCACGCCAUCUCGGGCUUCGACCUCACCGUUGUGCCCCUCUACCAUCAGAACAAACUGGAGACGCUUUGGUGAGUCUUCGAGUCUACUGAGAAACCAUUUUCGAGCCACACAUCAAAACGUGUACAAAAAAUGAAGUUCCUGCUGUCAAACCAUCUGGUUGUUUAUUGCGUACACGACGUCUCAUCAAAAAUCUCUUACAGCGACAUCAUUGACAACUGCAAACUGGAGAUCAUCUUCUGCGAAAACACGUCACGCGCCGAAGGGUUUCUGUCGUCGAAAAGCGGGGACCGUCUUCGAUCGGUGAAGACGCUCAUCAUUCUCGAAAAGACGACGAGCCUUCCGAGCCACCACGAGUGCGACGUGCUCAGUUUCGACGAGUUCCACCGACUCGGCAGCGAGAAGCGACGAGAUCCGAUCAAACCGAAGCCCGCGACGAUCUACGUGAUUUGUCACACGAGCGGAACGACGGGCCGUCCGAAGGGUGUCGAGAUGUCGCACGGCGCGCUUCUGGCGUGCGUCGCCGGCAUCUUCACCUCGUGGACAAUCGCCUACAAAUGGAAGUUCGGCCAGGAAGACGCCUAUUUCAGUUUCCUAUCGCUCGCGCACAUUUACGAGCAUCUCAUGCAGACGCUGAUGCUCUACUUUGGCGCCCGAAUCGGAAUCUACAACGGGAGCGUCGCCACGUUGGUGCCGCAAAUUCAAAAGUUGCAGCCGACAAUUGUGUCGCUUGUGCCACGUCUUCUCAACAAACUGUACGAGGGAGUGCACAACGAGAUUGCCACCAAGAACAUCGUGGUUCGCUUCCUGUUCGAGCACGCGAAGAAGGUGGUUGUCAAAUUUGAAAUUUAAAAUGGAAAAAAAAACAACGUCAACUUUGUUUCAGACAAAAGCCAAACAGCUCGAACAAGGCGUUCUCAGAUAUGACACUUUCUUCGACAAAAUCGUCUUCAAAAAGGUUUGAUUUGGCUGGCUUCUUUUUGAAAAACUUGCAAUAUUUUGAUCGGUUAGGGCCCGAUCGGAGUGUGGGCAAGUGGCCAAGGCGGGGCCGGCCAAUUGCCUACCCCUGGCGAAUCCUUCGAAGUUUCUCUUCUAAUUCCCGUGUCUUGCAGCUGAAACUGAAACUGGGCGGUAAACUGAAGGUACUGACGACUGGCGGUGCCCCGGUGACCAAAGAGGUCAAGACGUUCACACGAUACGCGUACGGAUGUCCCCUGGUCGAGGGAUACGGUCAGACCGAGUGUAGUGCCGCGGGGACGCUCACCCUUCCCUGGGACACCACCUACGGAAACGUCGGCGGACCGGCACCGUGGUCCCAAGUCAAACUGGUGGAUGUGCCCGAGAAGAACUAUUUGGCGCAGAACGACGAGGGAGAAGUGUGCUUCCGAGGCGCCGCACUCAUGAGCGGGUACUUCCAAGAUCCGGAGCUGACGAAGAAGACGAUUGACGAGGAGGGAUGGCUGCACACGGGCGACAUUGGAAAAUGGCUGCCGACGGGCGCGCUGCAGAUCAUCGACCGCAAAAACGAGAUGUUCAAACUCUGUCAGGGUGACUUUGUGUCGCCGAUCCAGAUCGAGGCGAUCUACGCCAACUCGCCGCUAAUCACGCAGAUCUACGUGACCGGCAGCACGGAACGCUCGUUCCUCGUCGGAAUCGUCGUUCUCGAUCUGUCGCGCUUCAAGCAGCUUCCGAUUGUGAAGGCACUCGAGGCGAACGAUCCGAUCGAGAAGAUUAUGACGAAGAAGGAGGCGCGCGAUGCGGUGCUCGUAGAGCUGAACAAGUAUGCGAAGGAGAACGGGCUGCAGACGAUCGAGUUGAUCAGAAAUGUGCAUUUGACUUCGCAGGUAUCCCCUAACGAAUUAAUCAGUAGAACCCCAGAUCAUUUUUCAGGAAUUCAGCGAAGAGAACGGACUCGUCACCUCUACUCUCAAGAAUCGCCGAAAGAUUCUCGAAGACUAUUUCGCUGAGGAAACUGCAAAGUUGUACAAAGAGAUCAAUACUUUGUGA